CCCGGAGGCGGCCGCAGGAGUCCUGAGACCUCGCGACAUCUGCCGGUGUCCGGCCUCCCCGCCCGUUGGCCCAGGAGGCACACGGUUAAUACCACCGAGUUCCGGCGCUCGCGCCUCAGAGUUGUCCUGGUCCCCCGAGCUCCGACCGACGCGGGCGGCCUGGGGCGCGCGGCUCCUCCGGGGUCCUAGAGCGGCCCUGUGCGGGCGCGCUUCCGCUUCCCGUCCCGCCCCCGGCGGCGCCCCGGGACGGCUGAGCCGACCCCCUCCCGUCUUGGCGCGGAGCCCGCACCCGGAGCUGAAGGUGGCUCCCAGCCCGCCCGCCGCCGCCGCGGACCUCUGGAAGGAGCCGGGCGGAGCGGAGGGUGGCGGCCAAGGCCUGCGCGCGGUAGAGCCCUGGGGCGCGGAUCUCCGGGGCGCGGCGGAAAGGGAGCAACGGAGGGGUGUUGGCACAGUUCUAGGGAGUGAGAAUAUGGAGGUUUCUCAGGCGGAUGAGUUUGAACAUACCCCACAGGAGGACUUAGAGUUCAAGGAAGAGGAAGAUUUGACCCCAGGUCAUGAAGUAGGAAAUGCCUCUCUCAAAGCUGAAGGCAUCCAGACCUGGGAUGACUUAUGGGUCCGCAGAGAGGGGCUGGGAAAGCCUCAGCCUCAAGACUCAGGCCCCCGAAUCCUGGGAGAGCCCCGCUGGGGACAGGUUAGUAAUGAUCGAGCUGCAGUGUGUGGAGAGUGUGGAAAGAGCUUCCGGCAGAUGUCAGAUCUGGUGAAACACCAGCGGACUCACACGGGGGAGAAGCCCUACAGGUGCGGGGUCUGUGGCAAGGGCUUUGGGGAUAGCUCAGCCCGCAUCAAACAUGAGCGAACUCACACUGGUGAGAAGUCCUACAGAGCCCGGCCACCAGCCCAAGGCCCUCCCAAAAUUCCUCGGCCUCGGAUUCCUGCUGGUGAGCGUCCCACUAUCUGUGGUGAAUGCGGCAAGAGCUUCCGACAGAGUUCUGACCUGGUAAAACACCAGCGGACACAUACAGGUGAGAAGCCCUACAAGUGUGGCAUCUGUGGCAAGGGCUUUGGCGACAGUUCUGCCCGUAUAAAGCACCAGCGAACACACCGAGGGGAGCAGCCUCCCCGGCCAGUGGUACCCCGUCGGCAGCCAUCUCAGGCAGCCACAGCAGCGACACAGGGGCCGAAGGCCCAGGACAAGCCAUAUAUCUGCACUGAUUGUGGCAAAAGGUUUGUGCUCAGCUGCAGCCUCCUGAGCCACCAGCGUAGUCACCUGGGACCUAAACCUUUUGGUUGUGAUGUGUGUGGAAAGGAAUUUGCCCGAGGCUCUGACCUGGUAAAGCACCUGCGGGUGCACACAGGUGAAAAGCCCUACCUGUGCCCUGAGUGUGGCAAGGGCUUUGCUGAUAGUUCUGCCAGGGUCAAGCAUCUCCGCACCCACAGUGGCGAGAGACCUCAUGCCUGCCCAGAAUGCGACCGAAGCUUUAGCCUCAGCUCUACCCUUCUUCGUCACCGCCUUACCCACAUGGAGCCCCAAGACUUCAGCUUCCCAAGCUACCCUGUAGCCCCCCUGAUCCCCAGUCCACCCCCACCUCCACCUCUUGGCACCAGCCCCUCCCUGACACCUCGAAGUCCUUCACAUUCUAGUGAUGGGCCCUUUGGCCUGCCUGGCUUGGAGCCAGAACCUGGGGGCCCACAGGCUGGAGAGCCACCCCCACCACUGACAGGGGAAAAGCCCCACAAAUGUCCUGAGUGUGGCAAGGGCUUCCGACGCAGCUCUGAUCUGGUGAAACACCAUCGUGUACACACAGGGGAAAAACCUUACCUCUGUCCUGAAUGUGGCAAGGGUUUUGCUGACAGCUCUGCCCGAGUUAAACACCUCCGUACCCACCGGGGUGAACGUACCCGGCCACCACCACCACCAUCCACCCUUCUACGGCCACAUAAUCCACCUGGCCCUGUACCCACGGUAGCCCGGCCUCGAGUCCGGGCCCAACCCUCCGGACCCAGCCAGACCCAUGUGUGUGGUUUCUGUGGGAAGGAGUUUCCCCGGAGCUCAGAUCUAGUUAAACAUAGGCGCACACAUACUGGGGAGAAACCAUACAAAUGUGCAGAGUGUGGCAAGGGUUUUGGUGAUAGCUCUGCCCGGAUCAAGCACCAGCGUGGGCAUCUGGUCUUGAGGCCCUUUGGGGUAGAGGAUGCUCUGUCCAGGCCCCUCAAGGAGGAGUCACCAGCAGAUCUGGAAUGACAGGAGUCCAGGGAGGGUAGAGGCCCAGGAUACCAAAGGGGAGGGUAUCUGUUGCUGAAGCAGAGAAGGGCCUGGGAGGUGGUGGGAGGGGGAAAAAGGCAAGAAACAGGAGAAAUAAAUGAAUAGGCAAAAUAGAGAUUGGAGACCAUAACCUUCAUGCUCAGGUAACUCCUGGCUAGGUGUUGGGACCUUGCCAGUAUGGGCUGUAUCACAGCUUUUGCAACAUUGCCUAGCACAUAGUAGGCAUUCCGUAAAUAUUUGUCAAGUUUAUAAGCUGGCCUUAGCCUGAGAACUCAGCUCUAGAAUUUUGUUGCCUCUUGUCUGUUAAGGAUUCACCUCCCCAACCUUACCCUGAGGAAAUAGGGGUUACUUGGUCUUAGAUACAGCAGUGGAACUUGUGGAAUCUUAAGAGGUCAAAAUAGUGCAGGUAUAUCUGACCACCCUCAUGGGAAAGUAGUGCUGUGUUGUAGGCGCCACCCUAACUUUGGACCACUGAACAUGGUCUUAGCCAGGAAGGGUGCUAUUGAGACACUUGCGGAAUAGACUAGAGACAACAUGAGUGCUCAGAGCAUCCAGUCUGGAUGCCAAGCCCAGGUCUUCCUGGACAUCUGCAAAGACUGGCUGGCUGGGCAAGGGCAGGACUGGAACAAGAGGACCGAGAAGUGGCACAACCACAGUUCCAUGUGUCUCCUUAUUAGUAAAUUUCCGUGUAUGAGGCUUGGACUUUGGUGUGUGUAUGUUCCAGCAAGAACUGAAGUGGGUGUAGGGGUAUAGCUAUAAGGUAGCCCUCAGCUGUGGUAAACUUGUGUGGGUCCCUUGCCUUCCUUAAAUGCAUUAAAUAAAAGAGGUUGUCUGACUUA